GCCCUGAGCUCGUUCCCUUCCCAUUCCAGGCGUUCAUUCCCGACCAUGGAGCCCAGGCAGGCGGACGUGUCCAUCCCACUGCAAUCCUCCAAAUGGGGUGCGGCCGCCCCCGGCCCCCGGUCCGACCCGCAGCCCCAGGACUUCUUGCUCUGGUCGGUGUUCAAUGUGCUGCUGUGGUGCGCGGUGGGCGGGCUGGGCUGCCUCGGCUUCCCCCCGCUCGUCUACUCCGUCAAGGCCCGUGACUGCAAGUCGGUGGGGGACCUGGAGGGUGCCCGGCGUCACAGCCACCGCGCGAGGGUGGCCAACAUCAUCUGCUCCCUGGUGGUCGCCGUCGUCUGGGUGAUCUGCAUCGCCAUCACCGUCCUCGUCUUCUACAGAAUCACGGCCAACUGACCCCACCCGCGGAAUGCUGCCCCCCUCCCUCCUUGCCUCCAAAAAUGCGCUCGCUCGGGGCUCGGGGGCGAAGGGGGUGCCCCCCGGUCCCCUCGCUGCCCACACCGCCGGUGUCCCCGCGGGAGGGGACGGGGCGGCCGGGCUGGGGCGUGGGGGACAGCCCCCCGCCCCGUCGCUCUGCUCGCGCUUCCUGGCACCUGUGGCGCACCUGUAGUCACGGCUGCCACCAAUAAAGUUCGUCCGGCCAAACGCCCUCGCUUGUCACUUCAUUCACGGCGGGACGCUGCAGGGAGUCCUCGGGCAUCUCUGUGGCGUCCUCCUCC